GGUCAAAGGAAGAACUCGGCUCCCUGAGAGAUGCUGGCUCUCUUGCGCUUUCCUACCCAUAGGAAAAAUGCUCCCCCAUUUCGCCGUUUUAAGAAGAAAAAAAAAGGAAGUUGUCAACUCCAUGCGGACAAAACGCGAGCUUCUGCAGCGCGGCCCUUAAAGGCCCGUGCUACAGUUUCCGACAGGGCCCUUUUGGCUGAAGGACGCCACGGACGUGAAGCUUCGGAGCACCGGUUCUUUCUUCCAAGGAAAUAAGGAAACUGCCAGAUUAGGACGGGAAAGGUUGGUUCAGGAUGGAGCCCCCCGAGAUGAAGCUCUCUAGUGCUAUCCUUGGCCAUGGGGGCUAUGAUUCUGAUUUUAGUGAUGAUGAAACAGGUGGGCAACCAGGCCAGUGGAAAAACAGGGUUACACACAGGCUUAGUCAUAUGAGAAUAGAUCUACUAUCAAAGCUAAGUAGAAAUACAAGCCACAAAGUUUUCCUGGGAAUUUUGGAAAAAUCCCAGUAUGCAAGACAUAAGAAAUUUGUGAAUGACUAUAUUUUAUACUACGGUGGUAACAAGGAAGACUUCAGACGUUCAGGAGUAAAUGACAAGACAGAUCUUGAUAUUGUAAGAGAAAACCACAGAUUCCUAUGGAGAGAAGAAGAUGAAGCUGACAUGAAUUGGGAGAAGAGGCUUAGCAAGAAAUACUAUGAUAAAUUGUUUAAAGAAUAUUGUAUAGCAGAUUUGAGUAAAUACAAAGAAAACAAGUUUGGUUUCAGAUGGAGGCAUGAGAAAGAAGUAAUUUCAGGAAAAGGUCAAUUUUCUUGUGGGAAUAAGCACUGUGAUGAGAAAGAAGGCUUGAAGAGCUGGGAGGUGAAUUUUGGUUAUGUGGAACAUGGUGAAAAGAAAAAUGCACUUGUUAAAUUAAGGCUUUGUCCAGAAUGCUCCUACAAAUUAAACUUUCAUCACAGGAGAAAGGAAGUCAAGCCAACAAAAAAGAGAAAGAACACAGAACAAAGCUCCAAAAUGUUGAAAUGUAAGAGGUCAAAACUAUGUUCAUCCCACAGACACAAGUCUAAGAAAAAGGAGAGUGCUGAAGAUCAAGUAUCCUCAGAAGAAUUUGACAGUACUGAUCAAGAUUCAGACAAUGGUGAUCAGCAAGAUGGCCCCUCAGAGGCUGAUUAUUGGAAGGGUCCUCCACAAGACGCAGAAGAAAAAACACAGGAUGAAGAAUUUGAUGAGUACUUUCAAGACUUGUUUCUUUGAAAUGUGGAGAGCUAGCUCAUUUCUUCAUUAAGUGUCAGUGUCUGUGAAUAAACAUGUUAAAAUUAUAAAUAAGUUGUGUGACAUACAUAAGUUGUGUCACACAAUUUGGCAAAAUUGGCAAAAGGCCACAAAAUUGUGCAUUAAUGUGGCUUAAACAUGUUUUGCAUAAAAUAUGAUGCAUCGAGAUGUAGAAGUGUGCAACUAGAGUAGAAAAACCAGAGUUCUCCACUCCUGCCACUCCCAACAAUGCUGCUGAAUGAACGGAGAUGUGCUGUGGGGAGGGAGGUCCCUGAAAAUGAGGUAGAGAGAACUUCUAUGAUCAGUGCUCUUCUAUCAGUGGAAGCUGUCAACCAGAAAAUCGGCAGGAUACAGGAUUGCUACCCUUGAUAUAAACAGACAUAUUUAGGAUGGUAGCCUUUGUGUAGUAACACUAUAUUUAGUGGCUGACAGAGCAUGCAUUAAAAAAAAGAUUUGCUUUAUCACAUGGAAUAUUUGAAGUUAAUUGUCUUGAAAUAGUGGGCCACUUGGAUCGUCUUAGUUGGGGCCAAUUGAUAAUUCUAUUGUUAUAUGCUGACAACUGAAUGAGAUUACAAGUUACUUUUAUCACACCGUGCUUCACAAAUAUAUGGAAUUGUUAAGAUCUGCAAUAAAACAGUGUACUGUGCCUAACCCCUUAACAAGAGUGUGCUUUGUCAGGGUGUCAGCCAGCCAGCUAGCUAGCUAUUUCCUGUGAUAGUGAUCCUGUAAGGCAAAAGGAGCUAAAAAAAGAGCAAUUCACUCUUGCUCUGAUUUCCCAUUAUUCAUCACUAGCUAACACUCAACAGUCCAUGAUUUCCAGCCUUUAUGUAUGCUCUACCUCAUUAAGCAGGUUGUGGAGAUAUGCAUGCUCCCUUUUAUUUCUUUUCCACAUUUUAAUAUAGUUUUUUAAAAUUCUGGAUACCUUGGGUUUCAGCAUAAGUUGAUAUUCCCUUUUUAGCUCUAAUUCUUUUGGCAGUCACUCAAAUUGGUCAUUUGAGAGAACAAUCUUUGAUCAGACAUGACAUUUGAGCAUCCAUAUGGCUAAAACCUCUGAAGGAUAGAUGUUAAAGAGUGAGUUGAUAAUAAUCUUUGAAUUGUUUUGAUAAGAAUCUUUAAAUAUUUUCUAACUAAAACAGUGUUUUCUUAACAAAACUGGGUUUUCUAGCCUUUUUUCCUGACUAGAAGUCCUGUCAUUCUUAUAAUGAAGUGAUGCAUUAAUGUGAUAGUAUGCCACUUUUUAUUUUAAUAAGCAAGGGUAAUGUACAUGUGGUUUAGGCAUUAUCCAUGGUUUCUGAUUCCUCAGCAGAGCAUGAACAGUAAUCUUGGUUUAGAAUAUAUUCCUAAACAUGCAGCAUGCCAAGAACACAGCAUUUCAGUCUCUGCCUUGUUAAACUACAUCAUAAUAAAAAUCCAUUUGACUUUAGAUUUCUUAAUAAAUAGUAUCCCCCCUCCCAAAAAAAAAAAA